UUUUAAAAGUGUUGCUGCUUGUGAGAUGAUGUGAGAGUUACGUAGAGGCACUUUUAGGAACUUUUAACAUAGGAAGAAUGCCAAUUAAAAAGUCCAGAAACUAAAAAAAAAAAAAAAAAAGCUGUUUUUUUUUGCUAACCGUUUUGAAGCUUAAACUAGUUUUCUUGCUGCUAUUUUCUUGGGUAGCUUCUCUGCAGAUUGAAUUUUGCAAGGAUCAGCACUUUAAAAUUUCAGGCCUCCAGAAGAGUUGCUUCAAUGUUGGCUGAAAUGCCUAAACCUAGGUGCAGACUGUAUUUAAAAAAAUGCCAUGUGACGUUGUUUUGCAUAUAUUGCCAAGAAGUAUUUUUUCUAGACCUUCAUAACAUUUGUUUUGUGUUUGAUUUUGAAGGCAAAGACAUAAAUGGUGACUCACGCAUUUACAGAUUCCUCCUAAAAGAGUAGGUAGUAGUAACUGCAAUUAAUCGUGAUUCACUGACAAAAGCAGGAAAAUGUAUUUUAUGUGUUUGUCCUUAAAGAUCAGAUGACAAAAAUUCAAAGGCCUUUGUUCAGAGGAAUGAUACAUGAGCUGGAAGCAAAGCUAUGGAAAACACACUGUGCCCUCCUGUGGUGGCAUUUACGGCAUUAUUAAAAAUCCUUAGCUUUUUUGUCCUGAGGUUUUUCAAUCUCUACAGUCUGCAGGAAGCCACAGUAGGAUAAUGGAGUCACAUACAAAGUGAUACUCAGAGUUGCUAGAGAUGGUCAGUAAAGGAGGGGGAGAAAGUGCCAUUUUGCGUCAUACUCAAAGAAACCAGAAGCUGUUUGUUCGUGAACGCCUGAAGUUGCUACUUGAUGAUGAGUCCUUUCUUGAGCUGUCUCCGCUGGCAGGCCUCAAUAUGCCAUACGGUGAUGUCCCUGCUGCGGGGUGCCUCACUGGAAUUGGCAAAGUCUGUGGGGUCUGGUGUGUCUUCACAGCAAAUGAUGCAACUGUGAAAGGAGGAACUAUUUAUCCAAUUGGAGUGAAGAAACAACUAAGAGCUCAAGAAAUAGCCAUGCAGAACAGGCUGUUAUCUGUGUACCUCGUUGACAGUGGGGGAGCAUUCCUACCACUACAGUCGGAGCUGUUUCCUGACAAGUCACACGGUGGCAGAGUUUUCUACAAUGAAGCAAUAAUGUCUGCCAUGAGAAUCCCUCAGGUGGCAGUGGUGUGUGGCUCCUGUGUAGCUGGAGGUGCUUAUGUUCCAACCAUGGCAGAAGAAACUGUGAUUAUAGAUAAAAUCGGGACGCUGUUCCUUGCUGGCCCACCUCUGGUAAAAGCUGCUACAGGAGAAUAUGUCUCUCCUGAGGACCUAGGAGGAGCUAAACUUCACUCUAAAGUCAGUGGCUGUAGUGACCAUUUUGCGUCUUCAGAAAAGGAAGCCUAUGAAUGUAUCCGAAAUGUUAUCUCUACAUUAAAUUAUGAUCCGCUGCCAGAGGAGGUCAUAGAGCAUGACAGUCCUCUCUAUAGUUCUGAUGAGCUCUUGGGAUUGGCACCACAAGAUUAUAGGUGUACUCUUCCUGUAAAAUUGAUUCUGAGCCGUCUGAUGGAUGGAAGCAGAUUCCAGGAAUUCAAGGCUAAUUAUGGAACAACAUUAGUAACAGGAUUUGGCCAUGUGGAAGGGCACUUGGUGGGGAUAGUGGCUAACAAUGGGGUGCUGUCCCAUGAUGCUUCUCUCAAGGGUAGCCAUUUUGUACAGCUGUGCAGUCAGCGGAGCAUUCCCAUCCUCUUUUUCCAAAAUACUGCUCCGCAUACAGCAGAGCCAACAAGCAUCUCACAGGCAGAGGCUCACUCCAACAGAUUAAAAGCCCAGGCCUCCAUGAUGGCUGCUGUUGCUUGUGCUGCUGUUCCCAAAAUAACCAUUGUAAUCGGUGGCUGUUACGGGAGUGAAAGUUAUGUUAUGUGUGGGAGAUCGUUCAGUCCAAACUUCCUGUUCUUGUGGCCUAAUGCAAGAGUUGGUCUUGUGGAUUCAAGACAUUUCUCCACAGUCCCACAAGCUGAGGACAAUGACCGUACAGGAGAUGAAUCAGAGCUAAAACAUCUGAAAGAGAAGCUAGAGGAAGAAAGCAGUGCAUUUUACUCCUCUGCCAGACUCUGGGAUGAUGGUGUAAUUCUACCUCAAAAUACCAGAAAGGUAGGCUUUUUUUCCUUAUAUGCUCUUUACAGUACAUCCUAUCCCCAGAUCUCAAAAGGAUCUUGCAGUGAACGUGUAAGCCUGUCACUUGCUCAAGGUCAGCAGCAUGCCAAUUCCCAGAACCAAGUCUCCCACUUCUCACUCCAUUUUCUGUGGCAUUUAGCUUUGUAACUCUCAUCUUUUCUCUUCCCCAUUAACCUAUCCAGAAAGUUUCUGUUGAAUUCUGGUUACUUGACUACAGCAUUUCCUCGAUGAACCUCUUCAUUGACUUUACUAUUUGAUUCUGUAUCCAAAUCCUUUCUUUAUCGGUCUUGCAUAAUCACACGUUAUCUUCACUCUUUUAAUUCAAGCUCUUUGCCAUUCACAUUGUUUCCAUUCUUUUGUCCUAGGAUGUUUUUUUUUUCUACUUUCUGCUUGUAAUUUGCUGCUUACAUUUGGGAUACCCUCACCCCCUUUUAAUUUAUUUUUUUAAGUUGACAGACAUCCACUCCAUCAGAUUCUUUCUGAAAGCCGCCGUCUUUGUCCUAUUUUUCCUUGUUGUAUUUUGUUUCUUAGCAAUACUUAGUGUUCUUUGCCACUGUGAAGCUUGUUUACUUAAAGAUCACAAAUACAGCCUGCUAUCAAUUAAUCCUUCUAAAUAUGGUACACGUUCAUGGUACUAUGUUGAUGUUAAAAUAUUUUCUGUGGAGUUGAUGGGAACUUUGAUAAUGGGAGUGCAUAGAGAAGCAUUUUCUAGUACUAGAACCUAAAGACUACCCUCUGUCUAGGAACUACACAUGGAAAGAAAAUAUGUGACAGUUGAAAUGAAUUGUUGUUACUCUCGGGUAAUUUUCACUAGCACACCACAAUUUAUGUUUGCAUGUUUAGCUGUUUUUUUUACAACAUUGCUUUUCUACUUUAUCCCAGUUCUUGCUAGUAGAUGGUAUUUAUGUUUAGCUUUGGCUGAACUGACGGCUCGUGCUCAUUCAGAUCCUUAACGUGCUUUUUUUUUAAACAGACUUUAAAAGACAAUGUGUGCUCCAGCA